AUGAACUUAGAACGCGAUGCGAAUCUGAUCGUGUCAAUCCUGGCAGAUAUACCUUCUGAAGGUUCCGGUAUCUCUGAAGAUGAAGAUGAGGAGUCUCCUAUUCAGAUUCCCAUAGUAGUUGCUGCAGAGAUUGACGAUGACGAAGAUCCCGAAUUUGACAUGCCUCUGUCAGAUAUCCAGAGGUCAGCCAACCCAUCUGAUAUAGUAGACGUACCAGCUCAAGAAGCAGUUUCGAACGAGGUUUCUAGUGGAGUCCAGUCACUAUUGAUGAAAACCAGUGUUCCUGGUAAGGUUUCAUCCUCUCGAAGGACGAGGGAUUUAGUAGUUGAGCCUGCUGAUACUUCAUCUAUUCGAAAUCUAGACAAUAUAGCUGAACCUAAGUGGAGACAUAGGGUACGUGCUGCAUCUCCACCAGAACAAUUUAAUACAGAUACAAGCUUACCUACUCACAUAUCUCAACUGCAGGAUCCAACACCUGCUACAUUAUUUAAAUUGUUUUGGCCUAAGUUUGUUGGAGCAUUUAGUUUAUCAAACAAAUUUGUAUGCCAACAGGAGGGAAGACAUUUGCACAGUAACUAG